AUGAAACCUUAUCUAACUCAAAGCCAAUAAUAUUUAAGAAUAAUAAAUAAUGAUUUCUCUCGAUAAUCUUAAUAUGAUGGUAAUAUAAUAUACUAUUUAGUUUAAAUAACUAUAAAUUCAAGAAGAUCUUCAAUAUCUAUAAAUACUGUUAAAACAGUAAAUUUAAGAAUAGAUGAUUAAGCAAAAAAAAAUGUUAAAGAUGUUGUCUUCUAAUAGAAAAAAUAAAUAUAGGAAUCAAUAGAUCCAAAAAAUUAUUUAAAGACUGAACAUACUGAUAAAAAUUUUCAUGCAAAAGAUUAAUAGUGUGAAAAUCUUAUUUAAAAAAAUUCAUAUUGUCCUAAUUCUAUCAAAAAAUAAUUAUUAGCUAAUUAAUUAAAAUUACUUAAACCAAAUGUCUCACCGAUUAAGAAAACUGAAGAUUUAAAGAAUUAAAUUAUGAAUGUAAGUGAUAAUUUAUAAACACCUACUGAGAGAGGAAAAUUUUUAAAAACCUAGUUAUCUAGUAUAAAUAAAUAAGAGCCAAAAUAAGAAUUAGAGAAAAAAUUGAAUGAAGGAGAUUGUUUUCAAAUAAAAAUUAAAUAAGAUGUAACAAAAUCCUAGAAUGCUUUUAAGUUAGAAAAAGAAUAAAAAUAAAAAUGUUAAGAAGAAUUAUCUAAAUGCUAGUAAGAUUUAUAAAAUGAAAAAGAAUAACAAUAAAAAAUUUAAGAAGAAUUAUCUAAAUGCUAGUAAGAUUUAUAAAAAGAAAAAGAAUAAAGAAUAAAAAUGCAGGAAGAAAAUAAAAAGCUUAAUGAUAUUGUUUUAUAAAAAUAGAUUGAGAUAGAUUAAUUAAUGAGUAAAAAUAAUACAUUUAUACAACUAAUUAAAACAAUAGAUGAAAAUAUCUCUUAAAUAUAUUAAAAAGAAGUUAAAAUUUUAGUAAAAAAUAUAUAAUUUACCUGA